AUGAAUUUUUUAAAAAAGGCUGACUUCUUUGGUGUUCCUUUCUUACAAAAUAUAAAUUAGCAAUAAGCAUUGUUUAAAAGCACAUUAGGAGGAUUAUUAAGCUUAUUAAUAAGUGUGACAAGCUUGGCUUACGCAUUUUGGAUAAUUUAUUUAUGGAAAAGUAAUUAAAUGAGUCCAAAGAUUUCUAAUUCAAAAUAUGUUUCAGAUUACAAACUACUCGACUACAACUCAGGAAGAAUCAGUGUCUAUUAUGAGGUUUUUGAGGGAUAGGUGGAUCCAUUUGAAUCGCGAAUUUUACUACCUUUAGUAAUGUAUACUGAUCAAUUUGCUCCUACUGAGCCAAUGAUAAUCGAAAAUUACAUAGAGUCUUCUAUUGGAAAAUAGUAUGUACCAAAUUUAGAUUUGGGUUAUUCUUUUAUUGAUGGAUAUUUACAAACAUCAAAAUAAAUGUAUUUAUUCAUAUCUCUAUGCGAAGAAAAGUAUUUAAAAGAAAAUGAAACAUGUGGUUCAGCUUAAUUAAGAGAAUAAUUUUUUUAACAGCGCUUUAAUUUUUUCGGUAUACAAGUAGAAUCGACAACUUUAGAUUCUAGAGAUGGAUCAGAACAAACUACAAUUUAAGAUAUAUAUAUCGAACUAGAAUUGUAGAGUUGUUAUUCUAUAAAUACAUUUUUAGAGACAAACUUUUUUGAACUUUAGGAUUAUUUAUUAUUUGGGACAUCUAAAUAAAAAGAAUAUAUUAGUGGAGCAAAAGUACAAACUUAGUCUCUUUCAGCAGAAAGGUGCAAAUUAUCGUAUUAAAAUCAAGCCCUCGCUGUAGUAUAUGUCGCUAUGAAUGGAACUUAAACAAAAACAAUAUUUGAAUAUCCAUAUUUAGGAGAUCUUUUAGCAAAUAUCGGAUCUAUUGUAUCAAUACUUUUUAUGAUUAAAUAUUUUAUUAUUUAUGGCAAUCAAUACUUUUUAAAUUAAAAAAUACUAUCUGAUUUGAUGAAAAUAUAUUAUCCAGAAUUUAAAUAUAUUAAAAUCAUUAAAAAUUGGAGAUUUAAAGUAACCAAAGUUACUUUGAACAAUAAGGAGGUAGAUUAGAUUGAGUUUAACAAAUUCUUAGAUAAAAUUAAAAAUUAAAUGCAAUAAAAAUUAUGUUAUAUGAAUUUAUUGUAUGAAAUAUCAAGGUUAUAUUUAAUCAUUAGAUCUUCGAAAUCAAAAGAGGAACUAUUAAAAUCCCAUCAAAUUGGAAUUAAAUUAAAUCUCUCAAUAUAAAAAGAAGUUAAUUGUCUUUCUAAUGUUAUGUCUGUUCAAAGAAUAAAUUAAGAAACAGAUCCUUUUCUUUUGAAUGAGGAUGAUGCCGAACUUUUAUCACUUCCAAAAAGGGAAAGCCAAAAAUAUGGUGAAAUAAUUCCUGAAGAAAUCUAUAAUGAAGGGGACUAUUAUCUUCUGAAUAAAAUUAUUUGA